AUGGAUCUUCAGCCGCCCUCGGUGCUGGCUCAAUUGCCUCGUCCUCUCCAUGCCUCCACCGGUAAAACUCGGAUCGGUGAAGUGUAUAGUUUGGCAGAGUCGAAGAAGCGCAAAAGAUACGAAGUUGUUGUGGCAGUCGACGGAGAAGCUGUGAACAUUUAUAAUAUACAAACCCCCAAACUUGUCACCUCAUAUGCCGUUCCUCCACAGUCUUCAUUCUCCUGCCGGCCUUGCUCAGUACGCAGAAAGCUUACGACCAAGUCGAUUGUGAAAAGACAAACUUUUUGCGCCAUAGGCCGACCCCAACAGCAGAUCAAGGCCUUCGUUGAGGAAACUGGAGGAGCUGGAUCGAGCGCGCCUGUCAUUUCUUCUACGUCCUUCUCCGUGAGCGACUCGAAGAGCCCGACGGUUUAUGUCGGCAUUGUUCCCACCGUUAUUGAGGUCGAAGACAAGGAUCCUUUUGAUAUCCUCGCAGUGCACAAGGAUGGUUUUAUUCGCAGGCUGACAUCCGACCUCGAGACCCAGCGGUGGGGCGUGCACCACAGCGAGAUCGCAAAGGACCGGUCGACCCACGAGAUCAAUGCCUGCUUCCUCGUGGAUUUUGAAGAUGCCAAGAAGAACCUGUUCAAGAGGAGGCAAGAUCUUGUGGCCAUGGCUAUGGGAGACUUGACUGACUCUGGGGUUGACGAGCCGACAUUGUUGUUGCUCGUGUCGCACCCAACUGGCUCGAAACAGUUCGCUUUGAGUGACGUGAAAGUCCAAAUAUUCUGUGUACCGGCGAAUGCUUCCACGGCGGGACAAAUCAUUGACGAGAGCCAGAAGCUCAGACAUCUGCAGACCGUAACUCUACCCGACAUUGAUGAGCACAAGACAUUCGAUAGCAGCUCUUUGCAGUGGUACUUCCAUUCCGGAUCAGCGGGCCUGAACCUGUCAUUCGAGAAAGGGUUUGUCAACAUCGAUCUUUCCCAGUAUUCGCCGACCGUGACAACGCAAUUCAUUCUUGAGGAUGAGAACUUUUCUUCUCUUCUGCGCAUCUCGCCGCAGUCUGUGAUCGGCGCUGGGAAAUCGAUUGUUGCGUUGUUCGACACACAAUAUCAAUCCAUCCAGCGCAGCAUUGCAGUCGGGGAUGUGCCCUCCAGUGGCUCGUCGGGGGUCGAAAGCCGCAAGCCAAGGACAGUAUUCACUAGCUAUUUUGCCAAACUGGGCAUCGCGGUCGCUACGAAGGGAAAUACCUUGUUCGCUUUCGAUCUGAGCUCGUCGCAUAGCCCCUUCAGCUCUUCCCUUAAGCGGCCAAGAGAUGGUCUUCUGAUUGAUGCUAUCGGACGCGGUAUCGGAUCGGCUACGGAUGCAUCUUCCAAGAAGAACCGCACCGAGUAUAUGGCAUCGCUGGGUCUCACCUCUCCCGAACAGGUGAAUAAGUGGGAGCAGCUGACACAGGUCCUCGACAACUCUGCCACCUCUAAGGACAGUGCUGCGUUUGACCGGGCAGUCGUGGGUUAUUUUGGCGUUGGCUCGUCUAAGAGCUUGCCUCCACCAGAGCACUACGUCAAUCCAGAGAUGGUGAUCUUCUUACUCACCAAGAUCUUUUCUCUUCAGGAGGCUGGGAACAAGGACAAGCUAUCGACGUCAUCAUCCUCGCGGUUGGCGGUUGAUGUGUGGCCUGAGAAGACCUGCAAAUGGCUCAUUCAGACUGGACACCUCUGCUUGAGCAAUGUCGAAAUUGCCAUGCGACGAGCUCUGAAGCCGCGUAUCUUGUCGCCGCUGCCAACCGGGUCGUUCAUUCAGGCUUUGAUCGAUUCUGAUCAUUCUCUCCACCACUUGAUCGACGUGCUUCAGGGCCCUGUCUUGCUGAACACGGAUGAUCUCGCUUACGCCCUCCGGAUUCUCUUGAACAUGGCCCGCUCGCACUGCAUGGUCCUGGAGGAGGAGGCGACCAGAACAUUGACCUACGACCAAGACGCCUCGGACGAAGUUGAGACAGCAACGACCAAGCUUUCUGUGCAGGAUGCCGAGGCAAGCUUGCAAGACAUCUUCCUCGGAUUCAACACCGCUCUGCAGAAGAUCCACCACCAUCCCCUUCCCACCAUCAUCAACUCCCUGCGCUCUGGCCUCUCCCGAUCCGAACUCCUGUCCAUUGUCCACCAUCUCCGCCUCUGCCUCGCGACAGGAGGAUAUACGUCCCCUUUCAGCGAAAACCCCCCUGUCCCAUUCUCCCCCGAACAAACCACCCCAUCACUCUCCCUCGAUAUCAUCACGGAUCUGCUGAACGCGGCCGUCGACGCCAUCGGCCCCUCAGGCUGGAUCUCUGCCGCCGGCCUCGACGAAGCCAGCGCACGCGAGUUCGACCUCAUCGCCGACAUGAAGUCCGAGAUCUCCGCUGCGCUUGCCGGAGUCGAGGAAGCCACGUACCUCAAGGGCAUCCUCCGCGAAUACCUCCGGUUCACCGCUAGCUUCAAGCGCUCGUCCACGAAGGGCAAGGUCGCCGGUUCGUCCAAGCAGCCUGGAGCCGAGGAGGCGUCUUCUGGCCUCGUCCGCUACGAGAAGCUCAACGGGGCCGACCUGAUGGUCUUCGGACUGCCCGAGGGCGACGAAGGAUUCGACAUCGACGCGAGCGGCAAGCUGCUUCCGCUGUCCCUCAAGGCUCCCUCGGCGGACGUGAGCAAGACCAAGGUGAAGAAGUCGACGGGUGAAGUGAAGACCCGGAGUAACCGUGAGAUCGGCUAUCUGCGCCGCAAGGCUGCCGGGAAAUACUCCUUUGAGAGGCUUAUUGUAUAG